AAGGUGCAAUUUCACCAUAUAUGUAAUACUCCUAUAUUGCUAGAAGAGUGUUGACCGUCAGCCCAAACAUUACGGUGCAGACGUAUAAUAGCCUCUCUCUCGCGAACGGCCCAGCUGAUUUGUGCGCAUGCGGUUACAUUUUUUAAAACACCAUUAGGCGCGAUUUUCACAUAACCUGUUUUCGUGAUUUGUGCGUGUGUGCGACGGUAAACAACGCAUAUUAUAAGCGUCCCAAGUGAGACAAACCAAAGAAAAAAUUUACAAUGGUGCGAAUUUGUUUUUUGUGUCAGAAAAAGGCAGCAAAGGAUGGAAAUUUUGCAAUGCACAAAUUUCCAAAAGAGGUGAGCAUUCGGGCACAGUGGUUACAUGCCUGCAAAUUAUCUGACAAGGACAAUGUGAUACAUGUACACAUUUGCUCCGAUCACUUUGUACCAAGUGAUUAUAAAAAUAGCAUAGGACUGUGUAGCAGAAAGUGGUUAUUGAAACCAGGAGCAGUGCCUUCCGUUAAUGUGCCAAAUCCUCCAGCUGCCGAAUUGCAGUUCCAGUCAACAUCUGAGAUUAUAAUGGACGAGACACGAUUAGUGCCUUCUAUUGAUGUUCCAAAUCCUUCAGCUGCCGAACUGCAGUUCCAGUUAACAUCUGAUUAUACAAUGGACGAGACACAAUCAGUGCCUUCUAUUGAUGUUCCUCCAGAUUUCACAUCAGUUUCAAAUGUAGGAGAACUGGAAUUUUCAACAUCCAAGAAUGUGAUGGAUGAGACACGUAAAUUUAAAACUAAACUAUUUUUCUUGAGGGUACUAAAUACUGAAAGGAGUUGUUAUAGCUUUAGUUGAACGUAAUCUAUGUUGAUUUAUUAAUAACAGUAAUAAUGACUUGCUUGAACUAUUAAAAACGCUUUUAUCUAAAAAGAUUACAUUUUCCUAUUCCAUAUCUUAUUCUCGAGAUAUUUUAGAAUGUCCAUUAAAAUGAAAAACCCUACACCUAUAAUUUCAAUCAUUCUCUUCAAAUAUUAUUAUUCGUUAAUUAACAUUUAUCCGUUAGAA